CAAAAACAUCUGUCACAAAACGUCAAAUGUGUUUACUCGCAUCAACAUUACCAUAAAUAUGUAAAUCAAAUAUUAAUUUUUUCGAUUUCCACCGCGUUGGGAAAUGUCCGAAACGAUGGAAUUAAAAAAACCGGACCCGCAACACUCCCCGUCAUACCACGAAAUCGCCGCCAAAUUGAUAAACGAUCGCUUUCUUUUAAGCGCUUUGGAAUUUCACACGGAACUGGUGGAAUCCGGGCGAGAAGUCCGCGUUUUGAAAGAUUUUUUCUCGAACCCCGGCAAUUUUGAGUUAAACACUUACGAUACACCAUCAGGAAUAACUAGAUCUGGUAGUCAGGCGACUUUGGAUAGUUUAGAUUUAACUAGAUAUUCAGAGGACGGUGAGCAAAGUAUCGAUGAACGUGUUGCCGUUUUAGAAUUCCAAUUACGUAAAGCUAAGGAAACUAUUAAUGCUUUAAGAAAUAAUUUAACUGUAGCUACAGAAUCGGAAAAUAAUACACCAAAUAAAAGUACAAUUCAUCAUGUAAAUGUGAAUACGAUAAAACCUCACGAACAACGUGCUUUGAAUUAUUUAAUAAACGAAUAUUUAUUGGAGUACGGAUAUAAAUUAACAUCAAUUACUUUUGCGGAUGAAAAUGAAAAUCAAGAUUUCGAAGAUUGGGAUGAUGUCGGAUUAAACAUUUCAAAACCGGCCGGUUUAUUAACAAUAUACAGGGAAGGUUUAAAACAAAGCGGUCAUAAUCUAGUCCAUAAAGAAUCUCAAACGCCCAGUGACAAUUUAAUCGAUGAAAAUGUGAGGAAAAAGCUUAAAAAUUUAGAGGAUGAUUUUGUCGAGGGGAAUUUGAGAAUUUCCCAAUUAGAAUCUCAAAUUUCUUGUUUACGAAACGAUAAUGAAGGUCUUAGAAAACAAAAUGAAGCUUUAAUUCAAAAUGCGGAGGAGUUAAAAAAGAAAGCUUUCUCGUUUAUUGGUAGCAGUAAAACUUCUACGGUUGGAAGUAAUUCCCCGGAACAUUUCGAGAUUAUUGAGAAAAGUAAUUUGGUUAAAACGGAUGUUUCUAUUGAAGAUAAUAUUUCAAGUAAUAGUUUAAAUGAAAUCGAUUGGAACGAUGUUACGAUUUCGAGUAAUAACGAACAAUUCAUUGAAACCGUACCAGAAAAAAAUAAAGAUUUAAGCGAAGUUUUAUCGUCUAAUUCGAAAGAAAGGAUAUUCUCAAACAUCUUCGAAAUGGAACUUUUAAAACUCUGCUCUAUAAAUACUCCCCAAAAAAUCGACAAUGAUAUUUUAAUAGAUUUAUUAAAUUCCGGAAUCACCACGAGCACGUUAACUUCAUUAUUAUCACAGAGUUUAUUGAGAAUAAUUCCAAAUAUCAUUCUAAAUAAACGCGAAGAAGCCAUUCCUUUAUUAAUAAGCGCCGUUUUGCUAUGUAACGAUUCUAAUAUGCGAGAUAAACUACUCCAGCAACUAUUUAAUUUGAAAAAAAAACCAUCGGAAGCGGAACGAUCCCAAAUUUUAACGGGAAUCGUUGGAAUCGCGAAAUUCUCGAAAGAAUCUUUAGUUGAAAACGAAGUUCUUCCGCAAUGUUGGGAACAAUUAGCUCAUAAAUACGUUGAGAGACGGCUUUUAGUCGCCGAAUCUUGUGUUGCUUUAAUUCCAUAUGUUUCGUGUACCAUAAGAAAUUCUUUGUUAUUAUCAAUGUUACAACAAAUGUUGGAUGAUCGUGAAGACGCCGUAAGAAGCGUUGUCGUUAGAGCUUUAAGUUUAGUGGUGGCUUUGUGUGAUGAUAAAGAUAAAUACGUGCAAUGUGAAGAUUUGGCCUUAACGAUUCUAAAAGAUCCCAGCAAGAUUGUCGUCGAAAGUUGUGUUGAAAUUUUAUUCCCGGUUUUAGCACGAUGGGCUUUGAAUAUCGAUUUUCUUACAUCACAUCUUAUAAAGAGUCUCCUACAAAAAUUGAAUUAUUAUUUAAAAGGAUCUAAAACGGAAUCUCCCACAAAAAAUAUUUACCCAGAAUUAGUGAUAAAAAUUAUGAACGUUUUGAAUCGUUUAUUACCGUUUAUUUUAAUGUAUGUGGCGAAUAAACCGUACGUUUUAGAAAGGAUUGAGAAAGAUAUGGCUAUAGAAAUACGACCAGACUUUUUAAACAUAUGUACAUCAUUAACAACCCCGAACAAUUUCACAAAAUCCUCAAUCAACAUCGGAAUGAUAAUCUACGAAUUUGAUUCGGCAAUAAAAGAAACCCCGAAAAUUUCAUGGCCCGAACUCGAUUGGUUAAUCGAUAACGCAAUCCCCGAUAUUCUAAACAGCCUAACCCACAUAGAAUUAACCCAACAAAUUCAACCAUUCAUUGAUUUUUUCACAAAUCUUUGUAUAACGUUCGGCGAAAAUUGUACUUUAUAUAAAAUCGCUCCGAUUUUUCGCUUUCAAAUUGAAAAUCUCGAACAAGUUUUAUCUAGUUACAACCAAUAUUCGCCAAGUUUAAACGUUAUCCCCGUUUAUUUGGUUUCAAUAUUAACUUAUUGUGAUAAAAUGGCUAUUGAGAAAGUGUUUAAACAAUUUUUAUUUACUUUGCCAUUGUGUGGAACUCCGUUGGAUUGUUUAGAAAUAACGGCGCGAGAGUUGUGUUUAAAAGGGUAUCAAGAAAUUGUUGUUACGAUAUUAUGGGAUGGAGUCGUUCAUCAAAGACAAUUAAUUCGAGUGGCUUCCGCUGGUUUGUUUUCAUCGAUUGUAAAAAAUUGUGGGGAAAAUUUAUUAAUUGGAAAAGUUACACCAGCUAUAGUUACUUUAGCAAAUGAUACUGAUGUUUUGGUUAGAACAGCGACAAUUCCAGCUUUAGGUCAUCUAAUAACCGAUUGUAAUAGCAAAGAAGUUCAUGAUAAAGCUUAUAUGCAACUAGAAACGUACAUAAAUGACGUUACUUUAAUUGAGAAUCAUACACUUUUAAGGCAAAUUAUUGUAACAAUGGGGAAUAUUGUCUUAAAAUGUAAAGAAUCUUUUAAAGAUGAUGUUAUUUUUCCUAAAUUGCAUAAUUUAGCGAUGUAUACUUACCAAAUGACCAAUCAAACUAGAAAAGUCGAUAUGGCGGCUCCUUUAAUUGAAGCGUUUUCGAAAAUACUCUUUUGUAAUAGUUUAAAUAUUCAAAAAGUUAAUAACUUUAUUCUUCCUGGUUUAAGAUAUUUAGAAUUUGUCGUAAAAGAAAACCCAUCACUAACAUCGCAAUACGAAAUAGUAACCUCGUUAAUAAAAGAAGUCGAAGGAAAAGUUGAUAACUCCUCUUCGUUAUUAACAAUAGAAAAAUCCGUAAAAAUAAGUACACCAAGCGUUGAAGAUGUUCGCCAAAGGGUCAGCAAGAUUUUCAACAACCCCGUAGUUAAUAAGAAUAACCCUUUACCGAAUUUACAAGGAAUUUUUAAAAAGAAAUAAUCAAGCUAAAAAUUAAUUUAUUUAAGUAUUACUCUUUUAGUUUUAAAAAUUUUUCGCACAUCUAUUUCUCUCUCUAGUGCCUUAUAAAUAAUCUGUUUAAAAAAAGUAUUAAAAAAUACGUAAAUAUUUUAAAAAAAUAAUUCACUACUGUUUUUCUAUCUCCUUAACGUAUUUUUAUAUUUUUGCUAGUAAGUGUUGUGAUUUACAGAACGAUUUACAAUACGUAGGUGUAAAUGAGUAAUUAAAUCACUUUUUUUUUUAAUUAAAAUUAAUUUAAAUAAUUUAAAAUAAGCACAUGGUUGUGAGAUUUACGGUGACUUAGUUUUUUAUUCAAAACGUAAUUGUUAAUUAAUUAAUUAAUUGAUUAUUAUUAUUAUUAUAAAUGAAUUUUAAA